AUGUCGCAGGGCACAGGGAUGGGGUUGAGCCUGGUCGCGCUAUUGCUGCUUCCCUUGGUGCUGCUUCUGCCUUACCUGUCCCUGAACCGCCCGGAGGAGGAGUGGCCCGGUUCCAGCGUGAUGGAGACAGGAACCCUGCAGAAGUUUCUGGAAGACUUCAGGAUGCAGAAUAAAUCUGUGUUCAUUCUGGGGGCCACAGGAGAAACUGGCCAAGUACUCCUCAGGGAAAUCCUGAAAAGGAACCUGUUUUCUAAGGUCACCCUCAUUGGGCGAAGGAAGAUAGAGUUUGAAGAGGAAGCUUACAAAAAUGUGCAUCAAGAAGUGGUGGAUUUUGAAAAGCUUGAUGAAUAUGCCUCAACUUUCCAAGACCAUGAUGUUGGAUUUUGUUGCCUGGGGACUACCAGAAGUAAAGCUGGUGCGGAUGGAUUUGUUCGUGUUGACCGGGAUUAUGUGUUGAAGUCUGCAGAGUUGGCAAAAGCUGGAGGUUGCAAACAUUUCAACUUACUUUCAUCUAAAGGAGCUGACAAGUCAAGCAGUUUUUUGUAUUUGCAAGUUAAGGGUGAAGUAGAAGCCAAAGUUGAAGAGUUGAACUUUGACCGCUACACCAUUUUUAGACCUGCAGUCUUAUUGUGUAACAGAAAAGAAUCCCGCCCAGCUGAGUGGUUGACCAGAAAAUUCCUUGGUUCACUACCAACCUCAUGGGCCAAAGAUUAUUCUGUACCUGUUAUAACUGUUGUCAGAGCAAUGAUUAAUAACCUAGUGACCCCAAGUGACAAGAAGAUGGAGUUGCUGGACAACCAGGCUAUCCAUAAUCUUGGAAAAGCAGAAGACCUUAAUCAGCCCUGAUCACACUGGGGAAAAAAAUGCCUUUUCUUCCCAAAUGCCUUUGAUUCUCCUAUCAUAAACACGUUUACACUUUCAAGACAGUGGCAAUACAGGGCUAUUUAGUUUACUAACCACUUAAAUAUAAUAUAUAUGAUAUAAUAUAGGGUAUUAUAUUAUAUAAUGUAAUGUAAUAAAAUUUGAGGCUUCUUGGUGGAAUAAUUAAUAGAACACUGAAUUUGGAGUCCAGAAAACUUGAGUUUAAAUCCUACCCUACACACCAACUAUGUCCUGAACAAAUCACUUAAACCUCCUUCAGGUUUAGAUUCCUUAUCUGGAAAAUGAUUGUUAGAAAUAAUGGCACUUACCUAACAGGGUUGUUUUAAGGAUCUAAUGAAAAGCUCUUUGCAAAACAUUCAUAGUAGUGCAUGCUUAUAUAAAUGCAUAUUUGCUAAAUUAUUUAUUCCCCCCAAAAGUUAACCUAUUUCAGUUAUUCCCAACUUUUUAAAGUGUCAUAUUUCAUGAA